CCGUCUCCUCAUCGGUCACACCAAUGAGGGCCUGCGGGCUGGAUGGUUCCUGGACAGUGUGCAGAUCUCUGUUCCAGUUCAUGGGAUGGAAUACAUGUUCCCGAGCCACCGCUGGCUCUGCAAAGAUGAGGCUGAUGGGAAAGUGGAGGUUGAGAUUUAUCCCAGCGAGGUCCUGGAGAUCGAAAAAUUGAUCAACUAUGAAGUAACAGUGGUCACAGGGGACGUGCGUGCAGGUGGCACCAAUGCCAAUGUCUUCUGUCAGAUCUACGGAGAUGAGGGAAAAACUGAAGUCCUUGCUCUCAAGAGUCGCUCCAACAAUUUUGAACGUGGCACUACUGAAAUCUUUAAGAUUGAGGCUCACGAUGUCGGUAAGAUCUACAAGAUGCGCAUCUACCACGACGGGAAGGGUAUCGGAGACGGCUGGUUCCUGGAGACAGUGGACGUCAAGCGGCUGACGAUGGCUAUGGUGCAGAUCGAGGUGAAGAAGGAGGACACCAAGAAAGACAAGAAGAAGGACAAGAAAAAGAAGAAGAAAGAAGAGGAGGAGGAGGUGGAGAUAGUCGAGGAGCUGCGGGAAGUGGUGGAGACAUUCACUUUCCCUUGUAACCGCUGGCUGGCCAGGGAUGAGGAGGAUGGGGAGAUUGUGGUUGAGCUGCUGACUGAAGACAAUGAAGACCUGGAGGUGAACUCGUAUGAGGUCCACGUGUUCACUGGGACUAUGUGGGGGGCUGGGACUGAUGCCAAUGUUUACAUCAACAUCUACGGAGAGGUUGGCGACACAGGGGAGCGACGGCUCAGGAAGUCCAAUAAUCUCAACAAAUUUGAGAAAGGACAGGAGGACAUUUUCAACAUCACAGCUGUCGACCUGGGGGUUCUGAAGAAGCUGAGAAUCCGACACGACAACAGCCAGGCCAGUGCCGGCUGGUUUUUGGACAGAGUGGAGAUUGUAGACAACAAAGACGACACCACGUACUUUUUUCCUUGUAAACGCUGGCUGGCUAUCGAUGAGGAUGAUGGACAGCUUGCCAGGGAGCUGGUUCCUGUGGAUGAGGCCUUCAUGAGGAAGGGGGAUGAUGAUGAGGAAGACUCUGAAGCCACACUCGGUCUGGAACAGAAGGCCAUGUCAACAACAUAUACAGUGCGGAUAAAAACUGGUGAAAAGAAAUAUGCAGGAACAGAUGCUAAUGUCUUUAUGAUCCUGUAUGGCACCAAGGACGACACAGGGAUAAUUAACCUCAAGGCAUCAAAGACCCAUAAGAAUAAGUUUGAAAGGGGCAUGAUUGAUGAGUUCACUGUGGAAUCUGUGGACAUGGGACCUCUGAAGAAGCUGCGCAUCGGACACGACAACUGUGGAGGAGGUUCUGCAGGUUGGUUCCUCGACUGGGUGGAGAUUGACGCCCCGUCUCUGGGACAGAAACUGCGCUUCCCCUGCGGUCGCUGGUUGGAUAAAGGGGAGGAUGACGGGGCCAUCGUCAGGGACCUCUUCCCGAAUCCUCUUCAGACAGAGCUUUACACACCUUUUGUUCCUUAUGAGAUUAAAAUCUUCACGAGUGACGUGUUCGCAGCCGGCACAGAUGCAGACGUCUUCAUUGUCCUGUACGGACGAGAUGCGGUGUGCACACAGCAGAAGUCUUUGUGUGUCAACAAGAGGGAGAGGAUGAUGUACUUUGAGAGAGGAGCUGAGGACAUGUUUAUUGUUGAGCUAGAAGACGUGGGGGAUGUAAUUGAGAAGAUCCGCAUCGGCCAUGACAACCGCGGGGUGAACCCAGGCUGGCACCUGGACAGGGUGGAGAUCAGACGUCUGCUCAGGAAGGGAAAGGGUUCAGAGACGGUCAUCUUCCCAUGUGAGUGCUGGCUCGCCAAGUCAGAGGAUGACGGGGAAACGGUGAGAGAGCUGGUGCCCUCUGACAUCAUCACUGAGAAACUUUCACGCGAUGGAAGCCUGAAAGUCACUGAAGUCGAGGUGGAGGAUGCUCUGGAGACACACACAUACAAAGUGUCAGUGAUGACAGGUGACGUGUAUGGAGCCGGCACAGACGCCAACGUCUUCCUCACGAUAUAUGGAGACCUGGGCGACACCGGGGAGAGGAAACUCAGCAAGUCGGAGACAAACAGCAACAAGUUUGAACGAGGAUCUGUGGAUAAGUUCACUAUAGAGGCGGUCGACCUCGGACAGAUUUUCAAGAUAAAAAUCCGGCAUGAUAACAGCAUGGUGAGUGCCGACUGGUACUUGGACCAGGUGGAGGUGCUUGACGUGGACACGGAGGAGGUCUUCCUCUUCUUGUGUGAACGCUGGCUCUCCAGGAAGAGGGAGGACAGACGCAUUGAGAGAGUCUUCUAUGUCAAGGGCUAUGAGGGAGUGAGAGAGGGCCUUGACAGUAAAAAGAAGAACUCAGCUCUGACCGUGAAGAGCGUGGACAGUAACAUGAACAAAAAGAACAAGAAGAAGAAAGAGGAGGAAAUUGAGCUCCCGAUCAUACCAUACCACAUUACCAUCUGCACUGGGCUGGAGCGGGAUGCGAGCACCACCAGCAGGGCUUAUGUGAUCAUUAUCGGGGCCAAUCACACCCAGACGGAGAGGUUGUGGCUGGACCUGCCGGAUGGGAGGAAGGGCUACGAGGCCGGCUCUCUGGAGAGCUUUGAGUCCCACGGUUGGGACGUGGGGGAGAUCAAAAAGGUCGAGCUCGGCCAUGACGGUGCCACUCCUGAGAGCUGCUGGCUGGUUGAUGAGCUGUCUGUUGCUGUGCCAACCAAAGGGGUCAAAUAUAUCUUUGCUUGCAAGUGCUGGCUGGCCAAAGAUCGAGGAGAUGGCUUGACCGCGAGAGUAUUCAAUGUGCUGGAUGCAGAGGCCGUCUCCAUCUCCCAGAAGGUUAUUUAUGAGGUGACCGUGGUAACAGGAGAUGUGCAAAACGCAGGAACAGACACCCAGGUCUUCAUGUCUGUGUUUGGGGCCAAUGGCAGCACAGAGGAGAUGCUGCUGCAGAAGAAUGAAGACAGGUUUGAGCGUGGUCAGGAGGACACUUUCAACAUGGAGAUUGAUGACAUUGCCCCACUGAGGAAGAUGAGGCUUCGUAUUGAUGGCUCCGGGAGCCGGCCAGACUGGUUUCUAGAUAAGGUGAUCAUGCGUAACCUGACCACAGAGGAGGUGUCUGUGUUCACCUAUGAGGAGUGGCUGUCCAGGACACGUGGACCCAAGAGGACUAUGAUCUGUGAGAUGGCUGCCGUGGUGGACGAGGAGGUGAUGGUGGAGCUCACCACCUACAUCAUCCAGGUCAAGACCAGCGAUGUUGCAGGGGCAGGCACUGAUGCCAAUGUGUGGCUCAUCGUUUUUGGAGAGAAUGGAGACACGGGGACGCUGGCACUGAAAGAAUGUAACAAGUCCAACAAGUUUGAGCGCAAGCAGGUGGACACGUUUCGCUUCUCUGACAUCCUCAGCCUGGGAGAUCUCUCCAAAGUACGAGUCUGGCACGACAACACAGGUAUCUCUCCAGGAUGGCAUUUGGAGUACAUUGAUGUGAAGGAUGAGAUCAUGGACAAAACGUUUCGUUUCCCCUGUGACCGCUGGCUCGCCAAGAAUGAUGACGAUGGACAGAUAAUGAGAGAACUGCCCUGUGCUAACAACGACUACUUAGACCUCAAUGAGAAGACGAAAUAUGAAAUUUGUGUCACAACCGGAGACACGGCUGAAGCAGAAACCAAAGAAAAUGCCUGGAUCGUACUUGAGGGAAGGAAGGGCCGAUCAAAAGAAUUUGUAAUGGAGAACUCCUCGAAGAAGAAGAGGUUCUUGCGGGGAAAUGUUGACAGGUUUGAGUUUUCGUCCAAGAACGUAGGCGAUAUUGCUGGUAUCAGCCUGGGCCACACACCCAAGGAUGGAAAGAAAGUAAAGGGGGAGGCUUACUGGUUUGUGGAAGAGGUCAUCAUCACUGAAAGGGAACUGGGAAACAAGUACAUAUUCAGCUGCAAUGCCGCCAUCCCUCUCUCUCCAAAGAGGGACGAUUUCUUGACCUUCGAGUGCACCAAAACAGUCGAGAGCUUUGCCAGCAAAGCUCGAAGCCUGGUGCCCGUCAAGUACGAGAUCAUCGUCAUCACAGGUGACGAGAAGGGAGCAGGUACAGAUGCCAAUGUUUUCAUCACUGUCUACGGCUCCAAUGGAGAUUCAGGUCGCCGACAGCUGCGGCAAAGGUUUCGCAACCUUUUCGAACGCGAGCAGACGGACCGCUUCGUGCUAGAAAUGUUGGACAUGGGAGAUCUGCAGAAGGUUCGGGUGGAGCACGACAACUCCGGUCUGAGCCCCGGCUGGCUGCUGGAUCGCGUGGAGGUCACGAACACAGCCAACGGUGUCACCACCAUCUUCCUCUGCGGGAAGUGGCUGGACACUAAGAGGGCUGACGGGCAGAUCUCCAGGGUCCUCUACCCAAAGUAGUAAAAAUAGUAUUAUUUCUAAAAAAAAAAAAAAAACAACAACUCCCAGAGCAGAAAGAUCUACAUCAAGUAAUUAUGAAAGAGAUUUUGCUCUGGAAAGUUUAUAUCUCAGGAACUGAGACUGAUUUUUACAUUCAUAUGUUUUUUAAAAUGAUAAUACUACCUGGAAAUAUAGCCUUCAAUGUAAUACUGUGACAAUAUCUUCUAUGGUCAGGAAACUGAAUGUGCCAUUCUUUUUAAAUUUCAUAUGUCAGGGAUGGUUUGCUCAGCUGCUUUGUUAUAAUGGAGGUUUUAUAAAAGAUUAAACUCUUUUGUAAUAC